AGAUUUCUCAAUUGGGAUCUUCCAUACGCUGCAUUGGUUCGACGGCUAGGGGGUCACGUUCAAGAUCAUCCAUCACCCUUCAGCCCUGGGCCUCCGACUCCAGACUACAUCGCUGUGGGCCUUCAUGACCACCCUAGUCCCGAUCCACGCGAGGCAAUGUCGCCGACCGCUCAGCUGGUGGACAAGAAGGUGCUCAUUGACAGAGCACACCUUCUCUUGAGCGGAAGAGACCGCGAAUUAAUGAAGCAAUUGACUAGGGAUGAGAGAAGGACCGCUGCCACCUGGCUUCAUGACGGCUGGAUGUUCUCGUUCAUGACGACGAAGUACUGGGGCAAAGGACCUCGGCACUGGAACCCGUCGUUAAUUCAUUUCAAGACAUUUGCCGGUGUCAUCGAAUCUUCAUUUGAAGACAACUCGGGUGACUCGAUGGGAGCAGUCGUGGUGCAGUCUCCUUCCACGAUCCCUCCGGUGGUCGAUCCUCCUACACAAUUGUGCAGAUGGUCAAUACACUACAAGGCAACCAUCAAGUACGAUCCAAUCCCUGAACAGGACACCGACAUUGAGGCCCAUAGUGCCGAUCAAUUUGACGUGGAAGAUGAGUCUACCUGGCCAAAAUGGGAACCCUAUCAGGAUUUGAGCAAAACCUUGGCUGAAGCGAGCCGGGAUAAUUCGUUCACCACCAUAAAGUGUCAGGACUUGCCAUUGGCAGCUGAUAAACUUGUCAACACUGCCGCUGAGUGUGAAAGCGACACCGAGGUUGAAGCCAUCGGCUUCGCUAUCAUGUCUCGCAACACAGACGUUCUGCUAGAUCUUUUAGACGCAGUACGGUACAACGACCGAGCCCUUCGAGAUAUUUCACCCUUUCAUCUUGCGGCCAGAUUUCUAGACGGAGCUAAGGCAUGUUGCAACGUGAUGUCACUUCUUGUGCGGUCGUUGGAUGACGAUUGUUCAAUUGGAGUCAACUACACAGACAAAUCCGGCCUGACCGUCUUGGACACAUUAUUCAUCUCCAUAUUGCGCUCGCACAGUUCUAUCACCCCUGAUAUGUUAGGAGGCAGCUUCGCAUCGGACAAAUCGCAUUUCGACGGAGGCGACGUUGAUGUCUGUGGGAGAUGGGAUGCGGAUUCGCCAUGCAUCCGUCAUCUCCACGUAACUGGAGAGGCGACGAUACCUACCGGGUGGAAGCACAUGUUCUGCCAUACUUCUGUCCAGGCAGUCUACCAUUGCAUUACCACCAUCUUCGUGGUUGAUUGGCGUCCUGACAUCAAUACGGUCAGCGGCUUGUUUCGAAGACGCUGUAAAGGAUGUGGUUUAGAGCUCGCACUUGGACCCAUCCAUGCUCUUGUUUUCAUUUCCUAUCAUCUGGCUAACUCUGGCCUCCCGGGGGAAACUCUCUUUGGAAUGCUUGCUUGUUUAGUAUGUCUCAUAACAUUUAGGGCAGAUCCAUCUCUAAGCCUUGAGAUUUCCAUCCCAGCGAUUCUGGGGAUUGAGGAGGCUGCUGAGUGCCAGCAUCGAGCCUUCAAUGCAGCUGAGCUUGCUGCAGCUGUCCCAGAAUAUAUCAUCAGCGCAUGGACAUCCGAAGUGCAGCUUGGGUGGAGUGCCAUCGUACAACUUCUAAGACACCAAGUCAAGCAUGCUCAAGGAUCAACCAGCACUGCGACCAAGACAUCAAAAGACCAUUCACAGGCUUCAUUCAACAAAUCAUGGGACGCUAGCAAGGGGAUUGGUGGCUACUGUCACCAUAAUAUCCACAGUUAUGAGCUCCUCUCUCACAGAAAAUAUGUCAAAUGUGGUGACAAGCAAGUUGGGAUGAUUUGGGCUGCCAUUCAAGUGGAGCUGUUGACAUACAGGCGGCUCAAAGAGGAUGAUCCAUGGCUGUCCCCUUUCUUCAACAUGCAGGAUGUACUAAAGGGGCUGCAAGACCAUGAUGGGCAGGGCCUGCAACUUUUAGUGAAUAGUCGUGGAGAGGAUAUGUUCACCCCAUUUUCUCGUUGCGGUUUGUUCUUAUGGUCAGAUCAUCCCGGUUGUGUCCGGGGAGAAGAGGCCUGCAGUUCAUAUUGUGGCAAUCUCGACGAUUGGAAACGGACAAGUUUCAUUGAAUCCAGAUCGUGGAAAUUUUAG